CGACAUCUUCAUGGUGGGUACCGGCUUACCAGUUGGGGAUUUGGUGCGGAAAAGAACGCUGUAGAUAUGCGGGCAUAUAAAAAUUUGUGACAAUAAUAAAUACGAUGAUUAUCGAAAGGAUGUUAUUGUGAUUAUCGAGUGCGAAAAGUGUUGAUUGAUUUUAAAUAUUAGUUUUGGAUUUAUAUAGAUGAAAAAUUAAAGAUGCGUCAUCGUCACCGAUGGCCCUACAUACUCAUACUGCCUUUAUGGCUAUUUUUACCGUCCCUCUUGGCGAACCCAGCACCGACGCCCCUGUCCAGAACCCGACACCAACAGCAAAGACAAAUUCAAAGACUUGCUGGCGGACAUCUGAAAAUUGUGGACUCGGACGCGGACGAUUCGGAGUUGAUAACUGCCAGUGCUGGCGAAAACACAAAAAACCAAAAAGGCGGAAAACAAGAAGAGGAAAGGAAAACGUUGUCGCAACAAGUAGCAGAUGGUAAAUACGGCCUUAUACAAAACGAACUGUUCAAAAAACCACCCAAAAGGCCAGGCAUUAUUAGCUAUGCUCCUAAUCCAGAAGUUCCCAAAGACAAUAUCGCCACAUUGGGAGGCCUAACGAAAAACGACAUAUGGCUAGCAGAAAACCACCUUCUAGUACUAAAAGGCGGCACCUAUCCAACACAUGACGACAAAGAAGACUACCUCGGACAAAUUUGGCAACCCAUCGACAAUUACAACGCACCACUGCACCAGGUAAAAAUCCCCAAAAAUCCGGCGGUACCGCCGCCCUUUCCUGUCCAAUUCACAGACGACGGGCCCCUUCAAAUCCUGGGCACAAACUCUACGCGAACGCUUAAUGCUUCAGCAGAAACGCCGGCCUACGCCUUACCGCCCCCGCCCGGUUGGGACGGCGAAAUACCUCCGCAAAGCCAAUAUUUCCCGGAAACAGGCGCCACCGAUCAAAAUCCGCCCGACUCUGCUGCCGGGCAAGUUACGAUGCGAGUACCUAACUCGGGGGAACCCGCAGGGGGGCUGCCGUUCCCCCCCGCCCUUUUGAACGGCAGCUUAGCGCCUUAUUUCGCGCAUUUACCGCCUGGGGCAGCGAUAUUACCGCCCCCCCAGCACCUAAACGAGACAAAUCCAGAUCUACUGGACGAGGACGACCCGUCGAUUUUCUAUCCGCCGCCCUACAGUUUUUACUACCCCAAGGACAAUUCUAGUGUGGUGCCGCCUGGUCCUCUAGUACCAGGCAUAAUCCUGCCCCCACCCCCAAAAUUCUUCACACAAAUCGAAGAUAAAACUACCACCACAAGAAAACCAUUAAAAACCUAUUACACCACCACAGAAUCACCAUUAAACAACGAAAUCAGUACACAGAAUCCCUUCAAAACCAAACCCACCCGAGUGUCAGUAAUCAAAAAUUACAGCGUAAGAGUUGGCAUGACUAGAAGACCAAUAAGUCGACAACAAACGACUAAAUUAAUAAAAACCACGAUUCCAACAACAGGAAAACCCAAACUGAUCACUAUAUUGCCAGUGCACGUGGACCAACUAAACAGAACAUAUUUGCCUAGUAUCAAACGCAAACCCCCGGUAACUAUACUGAAACCUGUUAAACCAGAAAUCGCCACUUCCAAGGUUUACACUUACCAUAAUGAGGUAACCAACAAACCAAGAAGACCCAUUGACAGUCAACGGCCCCAAUUUGUCAGACAAAAACCCAAUAAUGGAUUUGUCAGCACUACACAAGUGCCAUUAAAGUACCAUCAUACCACUGUGGACAAUAAUGAAAUCAGUUCUAUUACCCCUGCACCGGAAAAAUUCUCCAUAGGUAUAAAUGCUCAAUAUCCUAAAACAACCCCCAAACCACCUGCAAACUACUAUUACUACGAAGAAACCGAUCCAUCCUUAAACUCCAUCACCACCGAAGCCCCAUUAGCUCAGAAAAACCCCAACACCUACUACAACCCAUAUUACAUCCCUCCAAGAAAACCAUCGCAACAGCAAUACAUCUACGUCACUGGACGUCCGUACGAAAGCGAAAAACCGAAAUUCAGAUACCAACCCCCAAGACAGCAAGGCACUUUCAGUAUCCACAUCGCCAAGCUUCAAAAUCAAAUUCACCAAUACUACACUACUCCCAGGCCCACUUCGAAACCUGUUUAUCAAUACAGCUUCGAGGCUCAAAACUACAGACGACCCGGUGGUAAAACCUUCAGACCGUCACCUUUAAUGGACGAUAGCGAGGACAGUUUCAGGCCUAUACCGCAAUAUAGCGUCGAAAUACAGCCUGCAAUUCAAAUAAUACCCACCCAACAGCCCAGCUAUCAACAAGUGCAGCCUUUGAAUGUUGAUGAACCAAGCUACAGGCCUCAACAGCAAUAUUUGCAAGAAAUACAGUCACCCAGGCAACAGCCAGUAAGAUACAAUAUACAAGAAAGCCCUGUUGUUGUUACACCUUCAAGACCUAUAGCUGAAUUCAGUUAUAAUGUAACUCCUAAUCCUAUCAAUCAAGGCUAUUACACUAAGCCCGAUGAAGGCUAUUUUGAUGAAAAUACUAAACAGUAUUUUACUAUAUUUGGUAGAAAAUUGCCCAGCUCAACUACCCCAUUACCUCCAAGGCAAAAUUUCAGACAACAAUCAAUAAGAAACAGGCCCAUAGUAUCAUUAGAAAGUGACAUUAAGGUAAAUUAUGCCAGGCCAAGGCCUCAUAUAGAUCCCCAGAGCGAGCCGAUAAGACAACAGUAUCAUCAAGAAGAACCGACUGGAGGUGCCGAAAUUAUAAAGGCAAUAGAAAUAACACCUCCUAGUGUAAACAGCGGUGGAAAGGAACGAUACAUACAUUAUCGAUUGCCAGGGGAUGAAGGUGCUCAUUUUUACUUUUUAACACCGCAAGUGGCCGAACGGAGAAGGCAAGGGUAUUUUUAUGAGAGAGAUGCACGGGUGAGAAGGGAUCAGCCACCGCAACAUACGACAGAAGGCAAGAAGGGGAGUGUAAAUAAUUAAAUAAUGUGAUAAAAUGUAGGCAUGAUGAAUUUAACUUUAUCCGACAGCUGGCAGACCAGUCAAAAAUUUACUCAAAUAUAAUGGUCUCAGCACAGCAGUGAUAAACGGACGCUAUUUACCUGUGUGGUAAACAAAACAAAAAUGGUCUGUGAUCAGAUUAUGGUGUAUUAUUCUAGAUGAUUCUUAUGUAUUAUUUGUAUGUAUAUUUAUUUGAGAUUUUAGUUUUAGAAAUAUAAUUUCAAUUAGUUAUAGUGAGAGAUUGUGUUUUGUGUUUACUAUAGAAAAAAGGUGCCAAAUCAGGGUGAACACUAUAGUUGGAUUUGUGUCAUGCAUUUCCAAGUAUGUAGUUUAUUUUUGAUAAAUGGAUGUACCUGCGAUAGUCCUCUUUCUCACAUGACUAUUAUUAUAAAUUGGGGGGGUAAAACUAAUAAAUUAUUGCGAAUAAUAAACAUGUUUUGUCAAAAUUCGGUCCACCAUGCACAAAUGGUACUGGAAGUUAUAGUCCUG